GGCUAGCGCUCCUUGGACGUUACGUGCCCAGCAACACGGAAACAAACCCAGCUCACAGAGAUUCUCCUGUCGCGGGACGUUUUCUCCGGUUUCAGUGCAAGCUCUUUCUUCUCCUCCGCGUGACUCGGUGGUACCCGGCCCCUCCGUCCCUCUGGUCCGGACCAGCUAUUAAACCCGAAAGAUGUCGGCGGUGCAGCGGAUGAAAGUGGCGAACGAGCGGCACAGCAAGACGAUCACACAGCGGGGACACGUCCAGAAGACAUCGCGACCGGUCAACGAGGAGAAGUCUCCGGUGGGCCCGUGGCUGCUGGCGCUGUUCGUCUUCGUGGUUUGUGGAUCAGCCAUCUUCCAGAUCAUCCAGAGCAUCCGGCAGGGCAUGUGAUGACCUCUGACCUCUGGAGCCGAGCCGUCACAUGGUGGUGUGGGGGAGGGCGUUGCCUUUGUGACCUCGCCCACCAUACACACACACACACACACACACACACACACACACACACACACACACACACACACACAAUCACAAAUACAGGUCUUUCUGUCUUUCUGGGAACCCUGACCUAUGAUGUUUGUCCUUGUCAGCUUGAACGAGAUCCAGAUCCAACCUGAAUCCUUAAACCGAGUCUGGACCCUCAGAUAUACCUCUCUCUCUCUCACACACACACUCACACACACACACACACACACCAUCAGGACCCCUCCCAACAUCCCCACAAUGAGGUGUGUAAGUCUAGCCUGUCCCCACAAACACAGAAAGACGUGAACACACACACACAAACUGUUCCUGUGGAGUCUGAACUGGUUUCUUCUUCCCUCUGUAACCUUGUUUUUUACUUUCUUCACUGUUACGAAGCUGAUCACUGAUUACAUAUUGGUUAUUGAUUAUGAAUGAAUAUGCUGUCAGAUGAAGUCUUAACCCUCCUUCCUCUUGGUCGUCCAGCUGCCGUCGACUUUCAGGGUGAUUCUGCUGUUUGUGGGCUCGUGGAGCAGAACUCUGGUUUGUGGUGACAGAUUAAACGUAUUGAUGAAGAGGAUCUGCUAAACGGAUGAAGAAUGUUCAGCUGAAUUCCUGUAAACCCCUCCGUUAGCUCGUGUGUGGCUUGUUUGCUCUGGAGUGGAUUUAUUCACACCAGCAGCUGCUUUCUGAAACAUGAAAUGUUUCCAUAGGCGACUGGAAAUCCAAGCCUAGCUGGUGGAGGUUUGUAGGGUCCGAACCAGUUUUACGGUGCGGUGUGGGUUUAUGUAAACAGCCAUAAAGUCACAUGAAGGAUUUCUCUUCCCGAGCUCCGAACAGAAGACCGUUCCUUUCUUGGUCUCAGAUGAACUCCUGGUUUUGCUGUAAAAUGAUGAAAUGUGGUUCUGAGCUCCCUGCUGGACGACCCGCUCCACUUUUAUACAAAUAAACCUCCGAUAUUUUCUCUA